AGUCGAUCUUCAAAGCAGUUCCAUAGAUUUCAGAAGUAAAGUCUCAAUAAGAAAAAAGUACUGCAAAACAAUCAUUGUGGAAAAAUAGUUGAGGAACUUGUGCACAUGUGCACGUAGGGUUAGGUAACGAGAAACUUCUUAAAGUGAAAUGCCGUUGGAGGAUAAUACAAUUAUUUUCUGUUCACAAAUCUCGUCGGUAAGAUUGUCGAACCCAGUGGAACAUCCGAGUUAUUGACCAGUAAAUCUUUAAUUACGUGAAUAGGAAGCGGCUGGAAUCACAACAAUUUUAUCUGUUUAGCUAUCAUGGAAUGACAUCACUCUUCAAUAGAAUACCGGAAAUUGAUAGCUGUGAAAACACGGGAGAAGCAUUUAAAUGCGUCUAUCUGAACAUCUCCAGUGUAUCUGCACCAAUGCUGUCAUUGGGAUAACUCACGGAAAACGGUUGUAAAGGAAUUUCUUAAACGAUUACAACUGGAUUAUAUUACUUUGAUUCGAGAGCAAGUCAAGCCAUGCCAUACAUGAGAAGCGUCUCGUUGCUACUCCUGGUAAAUCUCUGCAUAAUUCUAUGCGCUUCCCUUCCUUUCUCGUCCAUUCAAAGAGAAGAAAAGGACAAUCUUUACAAUAAGGUGUUUCCGGGGGAAGAGGGAGUCUUUCAGGACUACUUUGAUCGCUAUCCUUGGAGGAGAAAUGAACAAACAGGAAGUAUCCCUUCAAGAGACAGAACGUAUAACAAUGAAGACACAGCGUCAAAGAUUCAACUCCAACAAAGUCUCACAGACGGAGAAUUAAAGAGGACUCUUAUUCGAGACAUACUCAACUGGGAGGCGAGGAAAAAAGAAAAUUUACUCCAGAAUGGGGACACUUUCGAAAAACGAGAGCCGCAGAAGCGGAAAUGCCGAGUAUCCCCUGGGUUUAUGGGUUGUCGAAGAAAGCAGACACAGAAAGAUGAUGAGGCCAAAAGCAAAGACAUGGACCCUUUCAUCAGAGACCUUGGAGCCAGCCUGAAUGACGAACAGGACGCAGAUCGGAUCAAACAAUACGACGCGGAGAUAGAUAGAACCUUAAGGGAACUGGAACUAGAAAUGCAUGGUCGUAAACUGAUGUAAAAUACCAGAAUAUUUGCAAAAUCUCUUUAAAACUCAAAUUCGAAACUUAAUGUCUAAGUAUGGGGGGAACUCACGAAGUUCUGACACUAUGCUAAUUCUGCGGGCUCAGUAAACCUCAGUUAGUUUUAAUGUGCUUGUCUACCCUGCAAAUAAUAUUGGCUUACACAUGAGACUAUCCUCAUAGCUUAUACAUGAGCUGUAAAAAUAGACAUGAAUGGAACGGCAAUGAGUUUCACGUUUUGUGAUCGAGGAAUGGAAGAAGUUGCAAACCAACGAUUCAUUGAUUCAUGUACUUGUAUCUUCUUCGAGGUUUUUCAGUUUGUCGAAGUAGGAGCACGAUAGGUUCCUUUGUUCAACCAGGGUGUCUUUUUCUCUCAGUGUUGGAAUAGGAAUUAACAAUGUGUACUAGAGCUUUCAUAAUGCUGUUAAAAUCCUGCCAAAUAAUUUUUGUCAAAUAACUGUAACUCAAUUUCAUUAUUUGUUUACGAGUUGAAUUCGUGUUAAAAUAAAGAUGAAUCUCUCCUUA